AUGUCUAAAAACACACGAAUAGCGCUGAUAUUUGGAGGGUUUGUCACGGCGGUGGCGGCUGCGUUUUAUCCAAUAUUUGUCUACCCGCUGACACACAAAGACGACUACAGAAAGAAGAACAACAACCCCGCACACCCAGAUUACACUCCGUCCAUUUUCCCGCAAGCAGUGCUGAAGGAAUUGACUAAGAGUACCACACUUGAUCGCUUCAAGAGAGCACAGAAAAGAAAAGCACCAUCCACUACUCUAGUAUCACGAAAGGAAAGGAAGGUGAAGAAGCAACUGGAAUUUGAGGAGACAAGGGCAGUGCAAAAAGUGAAUAGAGCGGGAAUCAAUCAGGCAGAUGUCCAGCCAGCGGGGAUGAAGGUCUGGUCUGACCCGUUCAAACCUUCAGACAAAUGA